AUGGCCGGCAGAGGAAGACCCAAGCGAGGUCCGAUGCCCAACAUCGCAGCGGCUGGACGAACUGUGAAAGCCGAACCCAAACAGGAGGCCGCGUAAGUACCUGUUGAUAUUUAUGUUAUUCCUAAAUUUAGUACUUCAUCUAAACCACGUGGCCGAGGUCGAGGCAGAUCAGAAGAUCAGGGACGGGGUCGAGGAGCUGCUGGAAGAGGUGUGGGAGCUCGUCGGGGGAGAGCUAACAUCAUCCAAUCAGAGGCUAUUUUUACAGCUGGCCUGGACGAAGGUCUUGCUAGGACCCGGAGAGGUGAUACGGGUAUGUUUUUAUAUUAUAAUUGAUAAAUCAUAGUAUUCAAUUUUUUCGUACAUAUUUUUAGGUAUCGAAAGAAUCGUUGGAAAGUUGGAGCGCCCAGAUCGUAUUGAUGAUUCUGAAGAAGGGACAGAGGUUAAGAACAAGAAUGGCCACAUAAAAGCCGAGAGUUCAAUCCCCACUUAUGAAUUGGAAUGGAUGUCAGAUGAUGAAUACGACAGGGAGCAGCUCUCAGAAUUGAUGCAAGACGGGGUUGGUCCUGCAUGUCUCCUUUAUUAGUUCUUUUUAGUUCUUGAGCGAUGUUCAUCGAGCCAGAGACGCUCCAGUUGUUUUACCCUCGAGAGAUACAGAGCAAUUUGUUCGAUUAGUCCGUAAGAAGGGGACAAAAGUCAAGGAUGAACCCAUGGAUGUGGAUCAGUCUAUGUAGGUUGGUUUCGCCGUUAAAUCCUUCUGAUCUGGUUUCUUUUCAAACAAUGUUUGGUUUAGAAAAGCUGAAGUUUUCUCCCAAGGCACAAGUGAGGCAGAAUUGGAUCGAAUUUCUGAUGUCGGAUUAGCAGAAGCCGGAGAAUACUUCAAGGAUUGCAUUAAGGGAACAGCUCAGGACUUUUUGCUAAUGCAAUUACCUGCUUCAUUAUCUCAUUUUAAGAACUUUAUGGCAAAAAAAGAAGAGGAUAACACCAAUGCGACUACAAUAGACACUCCAAUAAAAGCAGAAGGUUUUGAGAACGGAUUUGUUAAACAGGUAAUUAAUUACCAGUUAUUUCGUUUAUUAAUGACGACUUCCAUUAUGGGAUUAGACAUCAGCCUUUGAUGUUUAUGAUUCAUAUAUUAUUAGCCGCUUUUGUACGGGAAAGUAGAAAAACAAUAUUUUGUGAGAAUUUGCAGUUCUUCCAAUAGUGUUCUUUUCUGUGGCAAUACAAAAGGUCAUGUUCCGGGCUUUUUUGGAGAGUUUUUUCGGAAAUUGCUCUGCCUGGACUGAAUUUGUGUCAAAAACAUGGUUUAGAUAAAAAGAAUUAAAUCUUUGCUCGUCAUAUUUGAAAUAAAAAUAGUUUCCUUACUAUUAAAAAUUAUUCGAAAUCUUCAGGAAGCUUAUAAAGCGGACGAAAAGGGCACAAGUUCCCAUUGUCUUGAUGGAAUUCCAUCGAACUCCCAAAUUGGGAAAGUGCAGAUCCUGAAGAAUGGCCGGGCCAGAUUUAUAAUUGGUGGGAAACCUAUGGAGAUUCGGUCGGCGAUCCCCAGUAAUUUAAACGAGGUGAGCCUUUCUUCAGCUUAUUUCCCCAUUUUCAGGCUAUUGUGAGCAUAGACAUCAACGCAGACGGGGAAUCUCGGCCCGACUCUCAACUACGAUAUCUGGGCGGGGUUGGGCAUUCGUUGCUUUGUAGUUACAAUUACAAUCGACUUCUGAGUAAGUGAGCAUAUGAUAUUUAUUGGAGCAUGGUUUCCGAAUAAGUCAUGUUUAUUUUGGUCGUUUCAGAACCCUCAUGA